GUACUUUGAGUUUCAAAACGAACGUAGACUGUAAUCUUCCGUUUUCCUGUUAUAUUUCUGCCAUAUUUUGGUGGUAGCAAAUACGUCAGUUCUGUUGAAGGAAUAAAAUUUGAAGAUUUAUGAAUCAUUAAAAGUUCUAGGUGAAUGACGAAGAGUAACUCAAUUACAUGAUUAUUCAUUGACGCGAUUGGCGAUUCGAGACGUAAAGAAAAAUCUAGAAUAUUUACGUGUUUCCCUCAUUCAUCUGAAAGUUUUGAAAUGUCCUUUGGAAGACAAGGUGGUGGAGGAGCUGGAAGUAGUGGUGGCUCAUUUCGAGGUCGUGAUAAUUUUUCCAACAGUGGUGGAAAUGACAGAAGUGUAGGUGGAGGUCGCAAUAAUUCUGGAGGCGGCAGCAGUUUUCGUGGGAAUGAUAGUGGAGGAUUUAGAAGUGGUGGAGGUCGGGGAGGCAGUGGAAGUGGUUUUCGAAGUGGAGGUGGAGGAAGUGGGGGAUUUAGAAGUGGAGGAGGGGGAGGUGGUGGUUUUCGAAGUGGCGGAGGCGGCAGUGGGGGAGGUAGAUUCGGAGGAGGUGGGGGCCGAGGUGGUGCUAAUAGAGGCCCUCAAGGAAACCGUCUUUAUAGACCCCAAUGGGACAACAUUCAAUUGAGGCCAUUUAAAAAAGAUUUUUAUGUUCCUCAUCCUUCAGUAGCUAAUAGAUCACCAUAUGAAGUUGAGCAGUAUCGUAGAGCAAAGGAAAUAACCAUUGAUGGAAACGCUCCCAAUCCCAUACAACAUUUUGAUGAAGCUGUAUUUCCUGAUUAUGUUAUGAAAGAAGUUGCAAAUCAAGGUUAUGAUCAACCUACUCCAAUUCAAGCUCAAGGAUGGCCAAUAGCAUUGAGUGGAAAGGAUCUAGUUGGUAUUGCACAAACAGGUUCUGGUAAAACACUGGCUUACAUACUUCCUGCAAUAGUACAUAUCAACAACCAACCUCCUAUAAGUAGAGGUGAUGGUCCAAUUGCACUUGUUUUGGCUCCUACCAGAGAAUUGGCCCAACAAAUUCAACAAGUGGCCAGUGAUUUUGGAAGUUCCUCCUAUGUUAGAAAUACUUGUAUAUUUGGUGGGGCUCCAAAAGGGCCGCAAGCAAGAGAUUUAGAAAGAGGUGUUGAGAUUUGUAUAGCUACUCCAGGUCGCCUCAUUGAUUUUCUUGAAAAAGGCACAACAAAUCUUGAAAGAUGCACAUACCUGGUACUUGAUGAAGCUGAUAGAAUGUUGGAUAUGGGUUUUGAACCACAAAUUAGAAAAAUUCUUGAACAAAUCAGACCCGACAGACAAACUUUAAUGUGGUCCGCAACUUGGCCAAAAGAAGUGAGAAAACUAGCUACAGACUUUUUAAAAGAUUAUGUACAAGUUAACAUUGGAUCUCUCCAGCUUUCGGCCAAUCAUAAUAUACUCCAAAUUGUUGAUGUUUGUCAAGAAUUUGAAAAAGAAUUCAAGCUUAAUCAACUUUUGCAAGAAAUAGGAAAUAAUAAUGAGCCCGAUGCCAAAAUUUUGAUCUUUGUUGAAACUAAAAAGAAGGCAGAAGCAAUAACAAGGGCAAUAAAAAGAUUUGGCUGGCCAGCAGUAUGCAUGCAUGGAGAUAAAAGCCAACAAGAACGAGAUUUUGUUCUAAAUGAAUUUAGAAAUGGAAAAUCCACUAUUUUGGUUGCUACAGAUGUAGCUGCUAGAGGAUUAGAUGUGGAUGGAAUAAAAUAUGUUGUAAAUUUUGACUAUCCAAACUCUUCCGAAGACUACAUUCAUAGGAUAGGUCGAACAGGAAGAUCAGACACAACUGGUACUUCCUAUGCUUUCUUUACUCCAGCCAAUUCAAGACAAGCAAGAGAUCUUCUAUCAGUUUUGAAGGAAGCUAAUCAGGUGAUAAACCCAAAACUUGCUGAUAUCGCGAAUCGACCUUCUAGUUUCGCAAAAAGUGGAGGUUUUAGUAAAUACGGUGGUAAAGAUCGUAUGGGAGGCGGUGGUCGUGGUGGAGGUGGCCGAGGAGGAGGCGGCCUCCGAAACGGACCUGGAGGUAAUAGAUCUGGUGGAGGCGGUAGGUCAUUGGGAGGCGGAGGUGGUGGUAGACCAGGAGGUCCUAGAAAUGGAGCAGGAGGACCCGGAGGUGAUAGUACCAGUGGAGGUGUAGGAUUUAGAUCUAGGGAUAAUAGUACCGGCAGACCUACUAGAUUUAGUGGAGGUUCAGGCGGUAAUGCAGGUAGUGGAAGAAUGGGCGGUGGUUCUGGUGUGGGCAAUAGCAGUGGACCAGGUAGAAUGGGAGGUGGCGGACUCGGUGGAGGCCCAGGAAAUCGCAUGGGAGGUGGACCGGGUGCCAUAGUGGGAAAUAGAUCUGCUGCUACUAAUGGAUUUGCUAAUAGAUCAGCUCCAUACUAGUUUGAUGAUUAGAGGAAACUCGAUGUUUCAGUAUUCUUCAGAUGCAUUCCCGUGCGUCCCAUAUAGAUCAUUCUAUAAAAUUGAUAUGCCGUCUCUCUUCAACAUGUCCUGCAUGUUUUAUGUUUAUUUAGAAUAUUUUUUAUGGAUUUCGAUGGAAAAAAUGUAAUAACUGUGAUUAGACUAAGACAGUUUUAAUUUUGACUUGUAACUUAUUUUACUUAAAAUAGAUAUUAAUACAGAAUUAUUUAUAAUAU